AUGGCUCAGGCUAUGCAGAACCAACUGAAUGCUGACGAGAAUGCUGGAUCUCGUAGUUUGGCGACUUUCCAAAGGGAGAAUUCGCCGGUGUUCAAGGGUACGCAUGACCCUGAUGGUGCUCUUGAUUGGUUGAAGGAGCUCGAGCAAAUCUUCCAUGUUAUGGAUUGCACUCCUGCUCAGAAGGUCAGAUAUGGCACUCAUAUGCUGGCUAAGGAAGCUGAUGAUUGGUGGUUAGAGACGCUUGCUAGGUUGGAGUUUUCAGGUGAGGAAGUCACUUGGAAUGUGUUCCGUAGGGAAUUUCUGAGGAAGUACUAUCCUGAAGAUGUUCGGGGUAAGAAAGAGAUAGAAUUCCUAGAGUUGUCGCAAGGGAACAAGUCUGUGACCGAGUAUGCUGCCAAGUUCACUGAGUUGAUUAAGUUCUAUCCUCACUUUGAUGGCGAAGGUGCUGAAUUUUCUAAGUGCAUCAAGUUUCAGAAUGGGUUACGCUCGGAGAUCAAGAAGGUUGUUGGGUACCAAAAGAUCCGUUUGUUUUUUGAUUUGGUUGACAGUUGUAGGAUCUUUGAGGAAGAUAGUAAUGCUCAUCACAAGAUGAUUAGUGAUAGAAGGGGAAAGAAUCAACAAAGUCGCGGGAAACCAUAUGAUGCUGGUAAAGGGAAACAAAGAGUUACUCAUGGUCAGAGGUCCAGUGGGGGAGAUGCUCCUGCUAGGAUUGUAUGUUUCAAGUGUGGUCAACCUGGUCAUAAGAGCAAUGCUUGUAAUGUUGAUGCGAGGAAAUGUUUCAGAUGUGGUAAGAUGGGACAUGCAAUGUCUGAUUGCAAGCAUAAGGACAUGGUAUGUUUCACGUGUGGCGAAGAGGGACACAUUGGUAGCCAGUGUCCAAAGAAGAAGGCGCAAUCUGGUGGAAAGGUGUUUGCUUUAGCUGGGACUCCUACAACAAGUGGAGACCGACUCAUCAGAGAGAUGGUUGUCGAUCUUCAAGCUAAGGGAUCAGUGACUACUUCUCUGAUGUGUUCAAAGUGUCCUUUGUCGAUCUUCAACAAAGACUUUGCUGUUGACUUGAUUUGUUUGCCGUUAAGUGGAUUAGAUGUGAUAUUGGGUAUGAAUUGGUUUUCUUCUCCCGAGGAAGAAGGAGUUGGUUUGUUGACUGGUAAGCAGUUGAGGCAAUUGAUGCAAGACGAAGCACAAAUGUUCUCGUUGAUGGCGUCAUUGUCUUUUGAGAAUCAAGUUAGAAUUGACGAGUUAAAGGUGGUGCGAGAAUUUCCUGAUGUGUUUCCUGAUGAAAUUCCUGAUGAUGUCCGCAUCUGA